AUGUCUUCUACAGUUGCUGAACAAAAGAGUGCCAACCAACCUUCUGUUGAAGUUGCUGCUGUCGCUACUGCCGCUACUACCACUGCUUCUGCCACUCCUACCCCUGCCCCAACUCCAGAACCAAAGAAGCAACAAGUCUUAACUCCUGCUCCAAUUCCAACUUCUUCUCCUUGGAAAGCUACCUCUACAGAAAUCCCUGUCACUAUCUUGGACAACUCUUCAAAUAAUAAUACUUCAAAGAGAACUUCUCCAAUUGUGAAACACAAUUCUUCAAACACCAAAUGGGUUCCAAUCGAUGCCUCAAUUGUCAUCUCUGGUUCUAAGAAAUCUCAUCAUCAUAAAAACAAUAAAAACAAUAAUAACAGUAGUAAUAACAGUAAAAGAAGCAAUAACAAUAGAUCAAACUCAAAUAGAAAAAGUAAUACUGGUUCUAAGAAACAUCAUUCUAAACCUAAUCAAACUCAAGAUCAAGCUGAAUCAACUUCUAAUUCUACCGCUGAUAACAAUGCUGAAAGUAUAAAAAGCUCAACAGCUACUGAAGGUUCUAAUGAACAAUCUGAAUCUCAAGACUCUCAAAUUGAACAACCACAACCACAAACUGCCAAGAAAUCUCACAGCCAUAAUCAUCACCAUCAUAAUCAUCAUAAUAACGCUAACAGUAAUAAUAGAAAACAUAAUAACAAUACCAAUGGUCAACAACAAAGAAGACAACAUCAUGCCGGAAAUGGAAACGGCCAUUACAAAUCUCGUCAAAAUCCACGUUUCAACAACCGUUCAAGAUUUAAUAACCAAAAUGCUAACAAUCAAUUCACUCAAUAUUAUCCAAUCCAACCAGUUAUGAUGUCUGUGAAUAAUAUUGCAAGACAAUUAGAAUAUUACUUUAGUGCUGAAAAUUUGGAAAAAGAUACUUACUUAAGAAAUCAAUUAUCGAAUGAAGGUUAUGCUCCAUUAUCUUUAAUUUCCAAAUUUUAUAGAAUUGUUAACAUGUCAUUUGGUGGUGAUUCAAAUUUAAUCAUGGCUGCUUUAAGAGAAAUUGUUGCUAAUCCAAAUGCUACUAUCGAUGUUUCUGUGGGUACUCCACAUACUGUGGAACCAACUCCUGUUGAAUCCACUGAAUCAACCAAUGAAAAACCUAUUGAAAAUUCUGCAUCUGUUCCUCCAACUCACUCUGUUUUGUCCAAAUAUUUCAUUCGUUCUAAAGAAUUUGAAAAAUGGGCUCCUAAAGAACCAAAAGAAUCUGAAUUUGUCGUCGAAAAAAUUUUAGUGGGUGAUGUUUUGGAUGAAUUUAUUAUUCCAAUGAUUUCUUCUCCAUCUCCAAUUGAACAAGCUACUACUGAAAGCACUGAACAAGCAAAAGAAACUUUAACUUCAGCCCCAACCUCCAAUGAACCUGAAGUUGACACAGCUACCGCUACCAUUAAUCCAACAACUGAAGAAAAAUAA